CAACCACUUCUCCAAACUACAAUCAAUUUAAAUACACCCUUCAUUCCUUAACCAUAUCAACAACAAAAAAUGGGCAUUGAAAAUGGAAAUUUUACUGUGAGUAUGACUAAUGAAGAGGUGGUAGCAGCAGUGUUACCAAUUCAUGAACAUUCCCUCCCACUCUCUAAUCUUGACUUACUUCUACCUAAAGUAGAUGUUGGAGUUUUCUUUUGUUACAAGAAUCCCAUGCUGUCUUCGACAUCGUCGACACCAACAACGUUAAUAACCUUUGAAUCUAUGGUUGUGUCUCUCAAGAAGGCAUUGGCUAAAGUUUUGGUAUCUUACUAUGUUUUUGCAGGUGAAGUUGUGUCUAGCUCUAUGGGUGAACCUGAGCUUCUUUGUAAUAACCGUGGGGUUGAUUUUGUUGAAGCUGUGGCUGAUAUUGAGCUUCAAUGUCUCAAUUUUUAUAAUCCUGAUGAAUAUGUUGAGGGAAAGCUGGUUCCAAAGAAGAAGCAUGGCGUCUUCGCUAUACAGGCAACCUCAUUGAAGUGUGGUGGGAUAGUAGUGGCAUGUACAUUUGAUCAUCGCAUAGCAGAUGCUUAUUCAACAAACAUGUUUUUAGUUUCAUGGGCCGAGAUGGCCCAUCCCACAAAGCCCAUCAAGCCCACAACCAUAACAACAACUAACAAACCAUGUUUUCGUCGCUCCCUCCUUAGCCCUCGUGGUUAUCCAACUUCCAUCCACCAUUCCAUCAACGACAUGUACAUUCCCAUUUCCAAACUCCCUCCUCCUUCAUCCACCACUACCAAACCAUUACUCAGCCGUAUAUACUAUGUCACUGCAGAGGAUCUCUACCGCUUGCAAAAACUCGCUGGUGGGACUUGCAAUGGUAGUAAUUAUAAUACCAAGCCUACAAAGCUUGAGUCUUUCUCUGCCUACUUGUGGAAGUUGAUUGCUCAUGCAGCUAUAAAGGAGGAUAGUAAAAUGGCCAUUGCCAAAAUGGGUAUAGUGGUUGAUGGAAGAAAGAGACUUGAAAAUUAUAGUAUUGGUGAAGAAAUGGCCAACUAUUUUGGAAAUGUUCUUUCUAUACCUUUUGGUGCAAAACCGGUGGAGGAGUUGGUUGAUAAACCAUUAGGAUGGGUGGUUGAUGAGGUUCGUGAGUUCGUAUCUAUAGCAACAACAGAAGAGCAUUUCUUAGGACUCAUUGAUUGGGUUGAAAUGAAUCGACCUAAUCCUGGAUUGGCUAAGAUUUACUGUGGUGGCUCUAAGGAAGGGCCAGCUUUUGUGGUGUCUUCCGGACAAAGAUUUCCGGAAGAAAAAAUGAACUUCGGGUGGGGGGAAGUUGUGUUUGGAUCUUACCAUUUUCCUUGGUGUGGUGAAGCUGGUUAUGUGAUGCCAAUGCCAAGUCCUUUAAGGAAUGGUGAUUGGAUUGUGUACAUGCACCUUUUGAAACAACAUUUGGAGAUCAUGGAAUCGAAGGCAGACCACGUCUUUGUCCCAUUAACAUGGGAUUAUCUCAAUCAGUGAUGAAUAUCUUAUUAAUAAUCAUGCAUGUUGGCUUAUUGUUUUCAUAGUUAAAAGUGUUUACUUAGUACUUUAAAUUUGUGUUUAGUCUUGAAAUACAAUGUCAUAUCACAUAUAGUUGUCAAGCUUGUAACAUAUGCAACAAUGUUGAUUUCAAUGGAUAUA